AUGCCCUACCCCGCCGCGCAGGCCCUGGAGCGCCCCGAGAACCUGGGCGACCUGGGCACGACCCCGGGCGUCUGCAAGCGCCUCGUCGUCGCCCAGACCCUGGCCCUCCAGGAGCUGCUCCUCCGAGCACAGGUGGCCCUCGGGCUGGCCCGGCAGAGCGCGGCCGGCCUCGGCCGCCUGGCCCAGGAGGGCGUGCGCCUGGUGCAGCAGAACCGGGCUCUGACUGCUGGCGCCCGGGCCAGGCCGGCCGGGCCGAUUCCCAGCGUGGACCAGUGCAUCGCAGGGCUGCAGGACAUCGCGCAUACGCACGACCGACAGGGAGCCCUGCUCGCCGCUCUGGUGGAUGAGGCGCACGCCGGCACCGAGGCAGAUGAGUGGCCCCACAUCCUUGCCGCCAGCACCGCCUCCCUCUGCAUCGACCGACGGCGAGUUGGGGACCUCCUUUAUGUCAUGGAGCAGACGGAGGAGAAACGACGGCUGUGA